AUGGCGUUCACCCGGAAGAGGCAGCGCGAGCAGCAGCUGCAGCUCUACUCCAGGGAGAGAUUUUCCUUGCUCCUGCUUAACUUGGAGGAGUACUACUUUGAGCAGCACACGGCUCAUCACAUUCAGCACAAGGGCAGCCAGAAGGAAAGGAAAAUCAGAGGCUCCUUAAAAAUAUGUUCAAAAUCAGUUAUUUUUGAACCAGAUGCAAUAUCCCAACCCAUCAUUAAGAUUCCUUUGAGGGAUUGUAUAAAAAUAGGAAAACAUGGAGAAAAUGAAGCCAAUAGACACUUUGCAAAGACAGUAUCUGGGGCGAUUUCACUCAUUUUCAGCCAGGUGUAUUUCAUUAAAGAACACAACAUUGUUGCACCGUAUAAAAUAGAAAGGGGCACGAUGGAGUAUGUCUUCGAGCUGGAUGUUUCAGGGAAAGUGGAAGAUGUUGUGGAGACACUGCUUCAGCUUCAUAGAGCAUCCUGUCUGGAUAAACUGGGGGACCAAACUGCCAUGAUAACAGCUAUCUUGCAGUCCCGAUUGGCUAGGACAUCAUUUGACAAAAACAGAUUCCAAAGUGUUUCUGAAAAGCUGCACAUGGAAUGCAAAGCAGAAAUGGUGACACCUCUGGUGACGAACCCUGGCCACGCCUGCGUCACUGACACCACCCUGUAUUUCCAGCCUCUCAACGGGUACCCGAAACCCGUGGUCCAGAUAAUGCUCCAGGACAUCCGCCGCAUUUACAAGAGGAGACACGGCCUUAUGCCUCUGGGCUUGGAAGUGUUUUGCACAGAAGAUGACCUGUGUUCCGACAUCUACCUGAAGUUCUAUGAACGUCAGGACCGAGACGACCUCUAUUUUUACAUCGCUACAUAUCUAGAGCACCACGUGCCGGAGCGCACGGCCGAGGGCUACACGCUGCAGUGGCAGCGCGGCCUCCUGUCCAACUACCAGUACCUGCUGCACCUGAACUCGCUGGCCGACCGCAGCUGCAGCGACCUCUCGCAGUACCCCGUGUUCCCCUGGGUCAUCGGCGACUACAGCAGCUCCGAGCUGGAUCUGUCAAAUCCAGAGACCUUCCGGGACCUCAGUAAGCCAGUAGGGGCCCUCAACCAGGAGCGUCUGGAGAGGCUGCUGGCCCGCUACCAGGAGAUGCCGGAGCCCAGGUUCAUGUACGGCAGCCACUACUCCUCCCCAGGCUACGUGCUCUUCUACCUGGUCCGCAUCGCGCCGGAGUACAUGCUGUGCCUGCAGAAUGGAAGGUUCGACAACGCGGACAGGAUGUUCAACAGUAUUGCAGAAACUUGGAAAAACUGUUUGGAUGGUGCAACCGAUUUUAAAGAGCUGAUCCCCGAAUUCUACGGUGAUGAUGUCAGCUUCUUAGUCAACAGUCUGAAGUUGGAUUUGGGGAAGAGACAAGGAGGGCAGCUGGUGAACGACGUAGAGCUCCCGCCUUGGGCACGGAGUCCCGAGGACUUUCUCCGGAAGAGCAGAGCUGCGCUGGAGAGUGACCAUGUGUCCGAGCACCUGCAUGAGUGGAUCGACCUGGUGUUUGGCUACAAGCAGCAGGGCCGGGAUGCCGUCGGAGCCCACAAUGUGUUUCAUCCGCUGACAUAUGAAGGAGGUGUGGACGUGAACAGCAUCGAGGAUCCUGACGAAAAGGUCGCCAUGCUCACCCAGAUCUUAGAGUUUGGACAGACACCCAGACAGCUGUUUGUGACACCCCAUCCUCGAAGGAUCACCCCAAAAUUUAAAAGCUUGUCCCAGCCUUCCAGUUACAAUGCCUCCACAGCAGAUUCUCCAGUCUCUCCAGGCGAAGAGUCUUUUGAGGACCUGACAGAAGAGAGCAGAACCCUGGCCUGGAGUAACAUCGCCCGGCUAGAGCCCCAGGAGCAUCACAGGAUCCACAAGGAGGCCGUCACUGGAAUAGCCGUGUCCCGCAGUGGCUCGUCCAUCUUCACAACCUCACAAGAUUCCACCUUGAAGAUGUUUUCCAAAGAAUCCAGGAUGCUACAGAGAAGCAUAUCAUUCUCAAAUAUGGCUUUAUCAUCCUGUUUACUUUUACCAGGAGACGCCACUGUCAUAAGCUCUUCCUGGGAUAAUAAUGUCUAUUUUUAUUCCAUAGCAUUUGGAAGACGCCAGGACACAUUAAUGGGACAUGACGAUGCUGUUAGUAAGAUCUGUUGGCAUGACAACAGGCUGUAUUCUGCAUCGUGGGACUCUACUGUGAAGGUGUGGUCCGGGGUCCCCGCGGAGAUGCCGUGUGCCAGGAAACAGCACUUUGAGCUGCUGGCGGAGCUGGAGCACGACGUCAGCGUGGACACGAUCAGUUUGAACACUGCCGGCACACUGCUGGCCUCAGGCACCAAGGAAGGCACAGUGAACAUCUGGGACCUCACCACGGCCACCCUGUUACACCAGAUUCCAUGUCAUGAGGGGACUGUAGGCGACACUGCUUUCAGCCCAGACAGUCGCCACAUCCUGAGCACAGGAGCCGACAGCCAUCUGAAUGUCAUCGACGUGCAGACCGGAAUGCUCAUCUCUUCUCUGACUGCGGGCGAGCCCCAGAGGUGCUUUCUCUGGGAUGGAAACUCCGUCGUAUCCGGGAGUCAGUCUGGGGAGCUGCUCGUCUGGGACCUCCUCGGGGGAAGGGUCAGCAAGAGGAUCCAGGGCCACACGGGUGCCGUGACAUGUAUGUGGAUGAACGAACAGUGUAGCAGUGUCAUCACAGGAGGGGAAGACAGACAAAUUAUGUUCUGGAAGUUGCAGUAUUAA